CCUGACCCUGCUCCGAUGCUCCCUAGAAUUCAAUUUCUGGUUGUAAUACAGGGGGAAAGCGAUUGUUAAAAUUAGAGCUUGUGGCAGCUGUGGCGGAGAACACCAUGCACAUUUGAAGCCCAAUGUGGGGGAUUACGCAGCUUGUGCUGACAACUGUAGAGGCUAUGGGCUGAAAUCAUGAAUGGAAACCCCGAGAAGUGACCCUAUUUUGGAAAUUCUGCCCCUCAGGCACUCCAAAAGGUGACCUUUCCUACUUAAUGGCCGUUGAAUAGUUUUAGGUCUUCUCGGGCCUGGAAAACAAAAAUUUACAAAAUACUUCUAUUACAGGUUGCUUUAUAUGGCAUCUAACGAUGCCCGCAUGUGCUGCCAUCAAUUGCACAAGCCGACAGACCCGUGGAUGUGGCAAGUCAUUUCACCGGUUUCCACAUGGACGGCCAGAAAUUCUGAAAAAAUGGGUAACAAACAUGCGACGUGAUACCUUUAAACCAUCUUCAAAAGCGGUUCUGUGCUCUGACCAUUUUGAGGAAUGCUGCUUUGACAGGACUGGUCAGACCAUUCGGCUGAGGGUGGAUGCUGUGCCAACUGUGUUUGCUUUCCCUGGGAAAGCAAGAAAGGAUCGAAAAUCACAAAUCUUUGCACCAGUGCUUGAAGAUGUUGAGGACAAGUUUUCCAUUCCAACCCAUUCAAUAACCGUGGAUACCCCUGCUCCAGACCCUGUGAACAAACGUGUUACAGUGGAACAUGACUAUUGUAUUACAGACAGUCCUAAGGCUUUAAAAAGGAGGCUUGAUGAAGCUUUAAGCAGUCUUCACAAUGUCAAAAGAAGGCUGAAGAUCACCCAGCAGAAGUUCAGGAGGCUGAAAUUCAAGGUUCAGUCACUUGACUUAACUGAAGAUCCCGUGUAGAGACACAACUCAAUUUUUCAGUUGUCCUUACAAAGUGUUAAAGUUGAUACUCUGCUUCAAAUGUAUCUAUAUGCAUUUGUUGAAAAAGCUCCAUAGUAAGGCUAUGUGUUUACAGAGUUUUUUUAUACUUUUUAUCCCUUUCAUAUUUGCGCUGUGGAUCAACCUGUCAAGCUUCUUGAAGGAGAGUAAAGAAAAUGGUAUAUAGUGUUUAAUUUCCAUGAUCUCUAUUUAAUAAUGCCCCUUUGCUGCUACAAUGGAUUCUGAACCACGUUUUCCAUCUUAGCUGUGUGAAGAAGGAUACAUCUUAAAAAAUAUAUCUUACAAGUAAAGGCAUUUUACACUCCUUUUUUAAGCAGUACUGUGUAUACCAUGAAACCGGCAAUGAACAACAGAGCCUAAAAUGUGAAUAGUGGCAAGAGUCAAGAAUAUUUUUCUGUCUUCGGUUUCCCUGACAGCAGAGUGAGAAAAGUGUAUGGGCUUCAAGGUAUGAUUUUGAGGGCCUGCAAUGUUUGCAGUUGGUGGUUUCGGAAAAAACUUUCAGAUAAAUUUAAUUCAGUGAAAGCCUAGGUUAAAUUUUUAUAUAAUUGUCCAACAUGAAAAUUUGAUCAACCUUGCUCGUUGGAAAAUUUCUUACAGUUUUGUGUUUCUAGGUCCCAGGGAGACGUAUAGAAGCUUGAGAUUUUUGUAUAUGUGGCGGUUUAAGUUUUGGGCUACCAUAAUUAUUUAGCUGC